CCCGGCAAGUUUAAAAGACUGCAUUGCACUGUUAUUUUUAAUGGCGGACCAUACAUAUGCCGAGCCACAUGAGAAGGAAUCCUCGUCGCCCAAAAAGUCCAAAAUAGAUCGAAUAAGGACACGUAACCGGAGAUUACAAAAAACACGAGUUAAUGUCGGGAUAGCUUUUCCCAGGUGGAAAGAGCUAAUGCAGGAGAACGAUUUCAAAAGAGACGCUGAAGUUGCCUGCUUUCUUCUCGACAGAUACGAGGGUAAAAGCACCCCCAUUCCUGGUAAACGUCGUAAGCGUCCCUCGAAGGCUCCUGCACAGCCCACUUAUGAAGGUCCAACAACACUCGCUGAAUGUUAUGAUUGGGGAACAGAUGAUGAGGAGGAGGAGGAGGAAGAAGAAGAAGAAGAAGAAGAACAGAAAUCUGACUGCUAUGACAGCCAAGAUGAUGAAUUUGUUCCUCGUCUUUGUGGACGGAACGGUGGAGCGUCGCACGGACUGGAUGAGAUUGUUUAUGACGUCCGUGACACAGAGCCUCCGCUCGUCUUUCCCUCUCCUCCCGAGAUCUUCACCGAGGACGACCUCACAGGGAAACGGGCAUCCAUCGCCUAUGAGGACUGUCUGAAGCAGCUGGCGUCGUUCCUCACGCUGCCUGUGCAGAGGUGCCCGUACAGGUGUGACGUCAGCCACGUGAGGUGCCAAUGCCGUCCCCCCUUCCAGGUCUCCAUCACAUGCAGGGGUACAGCGAGCAUCAUGGAAUGGACCUGUCCCAACGGCCAUACUGUGUGGAGGUGGAGCUCGCAGCCGACAGUAAGGUGUGGGAUACAAGCGGGGGAUUUCAUGCUGGCCACUAACAUCAUGCUUUCUGGGAGCAACUACUCCAGCAUGGGUAUGACGAGCGACGCGAGGUUGGCAUGUCUUCUGUUGGACAGGGAAAUGGCAGAAUCUGAAGACAUGCUGUCAGCAGAGCAAUCCGCAGACAGGUGCACAUUUCGGUUCCCCAGUACGAACAUCAAAAUCACGUUCACGGCACUGGCGAGCGUCAAGCGUGAGAAGAGGGAACCGGAGUCUCCGGUGAAAGCGGUUCAGCCACAGAUCUCCCCUUUAACCAUCAACAUUCCCGAUAACAUCGCUCACCUCAUGAGCCCCUUGCCCUCGCCCACCGGCACCAUCAGCGCUGCUAACUCGUGCCCGUCCAGUCCGCGGGGUGCGGGAUCCUCCGGCUACAGGCUGGGCCGAAUCGUGCCUGACCUGCAGCUCAUGAAUGACAACUCUCAGUCCGAGAACGACAAAGAGGCGUCAGAAGGAGACAGUCCAAAGGACGACUCCAAGCCCCCGUACUCGUACGCUCAGUUGAUCGUGCAGGCGAUCACGAUGGCGCAGGACAAGCAGUUAACACUAAACGGCAUCUACACACACAUCACCAAGAACUACCCGUACUACAGGACGGCAGACAAGGGCUGGCAGAACUCGAUUCGUCACAACCUGUCCCUGAAUCGGUACUUCAUCAAAGUCCCGCGCUCACAGGAGGAGCCGGGCAAGGGUUCGUUCUGGAGGAUCGACCCGUCGUCCGAGGGCAAGCUGGUGGAGCAGGCCUUCAGGAAACGCAGGCCGCGGGGCGUCCCCUGCUUCAGAACCCCGCUGGGACCCCUCUCGUCCAGGAGCGCCCCGGCGUCGCCCAAUCACGCGGGCGUUCUCUCCGCCCACUCCAGCGGCGUCCAGACUCCCGACAGCCUAUCACGCGAAGGCUCACCGGUUCCCAUGGAGCCCGAGCCCGCCUCGGCUCCGCCCCCUUCUGCUGCUGCUGUCCAACCCAAACUAGCCGUGAUUCAGGAGGCCCGUUUUACCCAGAACACCUCAGUGUCUCCCAUCACCACCCAGCCGGUCCUGAUCGCGGUCCAGCGCCCGUUGACCCAGUCGAUGAAGCCCGUGACGUACGCGCUGGCCACCCCCGUCACGUCCUCCACGUGUGCGCAGCCGCUGAUGCAGACGGUGCACGUGGUCCACCAGAUCCCUGCGAUGACCGUCAAUGCCCUGAGCGGAGCCAACCUGCAGAACGCCAUCAAGACAGAGCCGCUGGAGAACGGGGAGUACGAGGAGGUCAAAGUCAAGGUAGAGUCUGUUCCUGGCAUCGCUCACGGCUCUAUAGGCUCAGCCAAUAGGAUCAUUCAGAGCAGCGCUGGAGCCACGCCCCUUCAAACGGUUACCAUAGUGCAACAAGCCCCAUUGGGUCAGCACCAACUGCCAAUCAAAGCCAUCACCCAAAAUGGCACUCAUGUAAUGCCUAUUGCCACGGCAAUACAGAGCCAGGCUAACUCAGUGUCGAGUCCGUUACACAUGUUGGCCGCUCACGCCUCGGCGUCCGCCUCUCUCCCCACGAAGAGGCAGAACGGUGAAAAAGCAAGCGAGCCGCCGGAGAGCAAACGAUUGAAAACCGAGGACGAAGAACAGAAAAUCACCUCUGACCCGAACGGGACCGCCGCGGACACAGACUCCACCAACCAGCACGGCAGCCACAACUAGUCACCCAUUAAACACCACCACUGUCCCUCCUUCUGUUUUUCUUUUUCCUUUUUUUUUUCCUCUCAUCACGGUUUCUCUUCCAUCCAGCUCAUGGUGCCAAAACUGAAGGCUUUCAGGCUGGACAACCGCUGUUAACCUUUUCAAGUGAAGCAAAAAUAAAUUCUAACGUCAAAAAAAAGAAAAA